AUGGUCAGCCCGGCGUACUACCCAGAAGGACGACGAUAUAGCCGCCUGGACCCAACUUACAGCUACCCCGAACGCCAGCAGCGACACUCGCAUUCUUCCGAAGCGCGGACAUCGACCAUGACUGAACGAGAGCCCGAGACCGACACCCCUCCUCGUAAGCGCAUUGCCGUUGCUUGUGGCCGUUGUCGGAAGCGCAAGAUACGCUGCAGCGGAGAUACGGGCAAUGGACUUCCGUGCCAAAACUGCAAGGCCGCUGGUGCCGAGUCCUGCAUGUUCCUACGAGUUGCAUCGACCGAAGCUCCCUGGGUCCAGACUCCAGAGUUUGCGUACGAGCUCAAGGCAGCGAGGGCAUACCAAGCCCAGCAGGCCAUGGCAUCACCCCUUACCGCCUCCCCGCCGCACUACGCCUCCGACAUGCACGACAGCCUCACCCGCUAUCCUCCGACUUCGACAGGCUACUCGUCUUACGGAGGUGGAGGAAAGUACUACCCUGCCGCUGCGACCAUGUCGAGCUGGUCCUCCACUCCCGGCUACUCAGACGACGGCACCAGCAGCGUGGACUACAGCGCAGCCACUAUGGGCUACUCAUACCCCUACCAGAGCCAUGACCCGGGCUACUACUAUCGCAUGACGGCAAAAGCGGCCGUCCCGAGCAGCGGAGACAUGUACGUCAACGCAGAUGCCACAACGGGGUACAGUUACGGCAGUAGCGGUGCGUCCUUGGUGCAUCGACCUGCAGUGUCGGCGGUGCAGAGCGAGGGAUCGAACUUCUCCCUCUCCAACGUUGCGGCAUCCCUUCCGCAGGCCGGCGGCGACCGAAUGCUCCCGAACCCAGCAUCCCGUCUUCCCAACACCAGCGUCCUCGCCUAUCGCACAGAAGGCGGCGUCUCGGCGCCCUCCUACGCCGCUUCAUCGUCUACAAAGUCCUCCGGCAGCCCCAUAUCGCAAACAUCUCCCACGAGCGCCGUUUCCGAGGUGACCACGGGCUACAGCACCUCGACAGCCGGCUCGGGAAGUUACGAUUCUUCCCCUGUGACGGCAUACCCGCCGCCUGUGCACACUCUCCCCUCGAUGUCACACCACCGCCUCUCAAACGUGGCGGAUAUGACAGGUUACCCGCCUUCGUCUGCCAGCAGCGGGGACUCCAUCUUCAGCGCCUCGGAGACGAGCCUCCGUACGCACGGCUCCGCGUCCGAGCUGAGCUACAAAUACACCGAUGGAUCCUCUGCGACGUCCUCGGUGGGCCGCCGCGGAAGCGGCGAGACCUCGAGCUCGGGCGGCUCGCUAUCCAAUGGCCAGCAGUACACAGUCACGACUCCCUCUGCAGGUAUGUAUGGCUCUGUAGCAGGCCAUGGACGGCAUCACGUGUCGCAGUACAUGAUAUCUGAGGACGUUUCGGCUGAGCACUACGCAAACCGAAGAUCCGCGGGCGGCUUGUCUGCUUCGUAG